AUGUCAGAAACACAAACGUCGAAAGAAGAUGUUGUUAUGAAAAAGGAUAACGAGGAACAAGUCAAGAAGGCUUUGCUCGAUCCAACAAAAAAGAGAAAAGCUGAAGAUGAAAUUGAGAUUGAUUUGAAAAGCUCCAUUCCCCUGUCAAAAAAACAGAAGCGUCUUUUGAGAAGAGGGAAAGUUACUCUAGAAGAGUUAAACGCAAAGUAUAACAUCGACCCUAAGUCUAUCGAGGAAUACAAAGAGGAUGCUGAAAAGAAAAAAUCUGGUGCUUCUGAGGAAGACGCCCAGGGUGAUGAAUCCAAAACUGAUGCUGUAACAGGAAAUACAUCUGGCGAGGCUAUAACAAAAAAGAAGAAAGAUGAAAAUAAAUACGGUGUUUGGAUUGGUAAUUUAUCCUUUGACACCACAAAGGAUGAUUUAGUCAGGUUUUUUAUUGCUAAAACGAAAGACAAUGAAGAUGAAAGAAGCAGAGUCACCGAACAAGAUAUAACCAGGUUAUCCAUGCCACGUGUUGCUGCCAAGAACUCCAACUCUAUGAAAAAUAAAGGAUUUUGCUACAUGUUCUUCAAGAACGCCGAGCAACUGAAAGCGGUCUUGGAGUUAUCUGAAUCUCAUUUAAACGGAAGAAAUAUGCUAAUCAAGGACUCCGAGAAUUAUUCAGGUAGGCCAGACAAAGACGAUUUAGUUGCCAUGUCCAAAAACCCACCUUCAAGAAUUUUAUUUGUCGGUAAUUUGUCAUUCGAUGUCACGGAUGAUUUGUUAAGAAAACACUUUCAACAUUGUGGUGAUAUCGUGAAAAUCCGUAUGGCAACAUUCGAAGAUAGCGGUAAAUGUAAAGGGUUCGCAUUUAUCGACUUCAAGAACGAAGAAGGAUCUACUAAUGCAUUAAAGGAUAAAAGUUGUAGAAAAAUUGCCGGAAGACCAUUGAGAAUGGAAUACGGUGAAGAUAGAAGUAAAAGACAAGUUCGUAAGAAGGUUGAAAAUGUUACCAACGACAAGUCCCCAUCAUUUGAUAUCUCCAACGACAGAGGAUACGAUCGUCCGAGACAGGAUAGUGGAAACAAAUCCGAAUACAAGCGGUCCAACGCCAACAGACGUCCACCCGUAGAUUCCAAUAAUCGUACUAAGAGUAGCGUAGCUUUAGCCACCGCCCAAAGAGGUUCUGCAGCUAUUGUCCCAUCGCAAGGUAAGAAAGUGAAGUUUGACUAG